AUGCCUCGGGCUUUCUUAGUGAAAAAAUCCUGUGUAUCUGUGGGCAAGAGGAACUGGAGUGAAUUGCCUGAUGAAGAGAGAGGAGAGAUCUAUGUACCAGUGACACUCACAAUGUGCUCACCCCUUUCCCCGUGGAGGGACUUGGAGCCCUCGGUGGCUGAAGCCCCAUCGUAUCCGAUGCCCCUGGACCUGACCCUGCGAGAUCCAAGCUACACGGCUGCCCAGCUUCCUGGCGGGGUGCCCCCAGCUGGGCAGCACAAUGGGUUCCUGCGGCCCAAAAUGAAGGUGACGUUGGGCGAGGGGCCGGGCGAGCUGUUCUCCUGCCCUGUGUGCCAGAAGGGCUUCAGCUACCAGCGCAUGCUCAACCGGCACCUCAAGUGCCACAGCGAGGUCAAGCGGCACCUGUGCCCCUACUGCGGGAAGGGCUUCAAUGACACCUUCGACCUCAAACGCCACGUCCGCACUCACACAGGCGUGCGCCCGUACAAGUGCCACCUGUGCGACAAGGCCUUCACGCAGCGCUGCUCGCUGGAGUCGCACCUGAAGAAGAUCCAUGGGGUUCAGCAGCGCUAUGCCUACAAGGAGCGGCGGGCCAAGCUCUACGUGUGCGAGGAGUGCGGCUGCACGGCCGACAGCCAGGAGGGCCACUUGCACCACCUGCGAGAGCAGCACCCCGACAGCCCCCUGCUGCGCAAGGCCUCGCGCAAGACGGCUAGCUCCCUGCAGAGUGCCCUCCCCACGCUGCUGCAGAGCAGCCCGCACCUGUGA